AAUGAAGAAAUUAAUCUCCUCACCAAGAAUCAGAAGAAAAAAAAAAGCUACGGGGGCUCUGCACCAGGCACCACGCAGCAACAGCAUCACCAAUGAAACUGCUUCCAUUCCUAGUUCUGGUUUCCAGUCUGCUGGACUAUGGCUACACUACUGCAAGCUGCAACAUGACAUGCCACAAAGAUGCACGUUGUGAAGUUCAGGGUGGGACACAAGGCUGCUAUUGUGCCCAAGGAUAUACGGGAAAUGGCAUAACCUUCUGUUACGAUGAUAAUGAAUGUGAAAAUGCUACUCAGCCUUGUGGAGAGCAUGCCAAUUGCACAAACACUGUGGGAAGUUAUUUCUGCAUGUGUGCACCUGGUUUCAAAUCUAGCAAUGGUCAACAAACUUUUGUACCUAAUGAUGGAACCUCCUGUGUGGAAAAUCCAAAGGCCAAGUGUGAGUUAUACAAAGACUGUGUAUCUGAACAUAUUAAUAGAACCUUAGCUGGAAUUAGUCAUCUAAAAACACCGCUGGAAAUGCUGCAAGAAAUUAAUAAGAAUACUUUGGGACCACUGUUACCUGUAGAUGUGAUUUCAUAUGUUGAAGCAUUAUCUUAUUCAUCGCUGAAUACCAUGCAUUACUCAGUUCCUGACAGCGAAGCACUUCGUAAUACAACCAUUAAUGUUUUGGUUAACAUUGUGAAUAAUUUUUUACAAAAAGACAAAAUCACAGUCUGGGAAGCCCUUCCUGUAGACAACCAAAGACAGAGCCUGACUAAGCUGCUGCAUACUGCAGAACAAGCAACACUUCUCAUGUCACAGAACUUCAAAAAGACAACACAGCUAGAUGCUAAUGCAAGUGACAUAGCACUCAAGGUUUUCACUUUUGAUUCACACCACAUGAAACACAUUCACCCUCAUGUAUACACAGGGGGAGAUUAUGUAAAAAUCUCCCCAAAAAAGAGAGAGGACUCUCAUCCCAAUGGCACUGUUGCAGUUGUCUUUCUGCGGUAUAGCAAUAUUGGUUCUUUGCUUUCAUCGCCUAAAAACCGCUCCUCGAAAGAUAGUUCAGAGCAGAGGCAGACAGUAAGCUCAUCAGUUAUAGCUGUUGCAAUUAGCUCAAAUCCACCUAUGCUCUAUGAGCUCGAGAAAAUAACGUUUACCUUAAAGUAUGCCAAGACUGCAGAUAAAGAUAUUAAAUGUGCAUUUUGGAACUACUCAGCAGACACAAUGAAUGGCAACUGGGCUACAGAAGGCUGUGAGCUGACACAUUCCAACUCCACUCAUAUCUCAUGCAAAUGUAAUCAUCUGACUCAUUUUGCUGUUUUGAUGUCCUCAGGUGGCUCUGUUGGUGUUACAAAUUAUAACAUUCUUACAAGAAUCACUCAGCUAGGAAUAAUUAUUUCGCUGAUUUGCCUCUCCAUGUGCAUUUUUACAUUCUGGUUCUUCAGUGAAAUUCAAAGCACUAGAACUACAAUUCACAAAAACCUCUGCUGCAGCCUUUUCCUGGCGGAACUUAUUUUUCUGAUUGGAAUUAAUAUGAACAAUAAUAAGCUCUUCUGUUCAAUUACUGCUGGAUUACUCCAUUAUUUCCUUCUAGCUGCUUUUGCAUGGAUGUGCAUUGAAGGUAUUCACCUCUACCUUAUAGUUGUGGGAGUCAUCUACAACAAGGGUUUCUUGCACAAGAAUUUUUAUGUCUUUGGCUAUGUUAGUCCGGCCGUGGUUGUUGGGAUCUCUGCUGCACUGGGAUACAAGUACUAUGGCACCACAGAAGUAUGUUGGCUCAGCACAAGGAAUAACUUUAUAUGGAGUUUUAUAGGACCAGCAUGUCUAAUAAUUCUUGUUAAUUUGCUGGCUUUCGGAGUGAUUAUUUAUAAAGUAUUUCGACACACUGCAAUGUUAAAGCCAGAAGUUAGUUGUUACGAGAAUAUAAGGUCCUGUGCCCGAGGUGCUCUUGCUCUCCUGUUCCUUCUUGGGGCUACCUGGAUCUUCGGUGUCCUCCAUGUCGUACAGGGAUCUGUGGUGACUGCAUAUCUGUUUACAAUCUUCAAUGCGUUUCAGGGGAUGUUCAUCUUCAUAUUUCUUUGUGUGUUGUCUAGAAAGAUUCAGGAAGAGUAUUAUAGGUUGUUCAAAAAUGUUCCUUGCUGUUUUGGCUGCUUAAGAUAAACAGAAGGAAAACCUGCAUGAGCAUCAUGGUGUUAGAAGGGAGCAACCUAGACGACGUCGUUACAGAUAUUACAGGAAAAUAUGGUAUUGUGAAAGUAUGAAAUGACCCAGUGAACAGACAUAUCACUUAACUGAAUUACUGACUUGUUUUGUACAUACAUGUGCAUUCAUGCAAAGCAUUUAUUUUGCGCUGUAUACAAAGAGUAUACAAAACAAACUGGAUUAUUGCAGAACAUGUAUUAAUGAAGACCAGGGAAAGAAGCAAAUUUCUAAAGGAGCUCAGGACUUUUCGUGACUUAUAUUUUGUUUCUGAUAUUAAAAAAUAUCUGAGGUUCUUGAACAAGAGAUACCA